AUGAGAUUCACUCUGCUCGCAUCCAUGGUCCUCCUGAGUCUUGCCCUUGCUGCUGCAACGGAGUCCAGCACCGACGACGUUGGCAGCACCAAGGUUACCGAUGGCACUCUCGAUGUAAACUACUGUGGCGAACGGUGCGAAUACGACUGGGAAUGUCGUCGCGGAAAUCGCUGCCACGAGUGCCGCAAAGAGCACCACGAGCGCUAUGGCCGCUGCCGCGAGCGAUAUGACUGA